AUGUCGAUUCUAGCUAAAGAGCCCGAGGGAGAGUUACUGAUUGUCAUUGAUGGAUUAGGAAAAGUCCAGGAUGAAAAAGGCGAAUUCAUCAAGGGGAUUCGUGAAUUUAUCGACAAUCUACAACAGCGAGUCUCAAACACGAAGGCUUUUCUUACAAGUCGACGCCAGACUGAUGUCAUAAAAGCUCUCGAUGGCCUACCAUAUAUUGAAUAUGAUAAAGAGAGAAGAGAGUGCCGAGCUAGCCUCUACUUUGAUAACUCACGCUAUGGCAAGAUCACCAAAGAACAUGACGGUUCCCUAGAGUGGAUUUGGACGCAUGACCAGUACCAAGAAUGGUCAAAUUCAGAUGCCUCUCGAUUGCUUUAUCUCCAAGGGAAACCGGGCAGUGGGAAAAGCACUCUUACCAGAUAUUUCAGAGAGAAACUCCCAAAACGAGAUCCAGAUGCAAAGUCUGCGAUUGUAGCCAAGUUCUUUUAUAGUGACAGAGAUGGCGAGCUCCAAAGUAGCCACCACAAUAUGCUUCGAUGCAUUCUAUACGAAAUUCUAGGCCAGAACGAAGCAUCUUUUUACCGUUAUUUCCAAUCCGCGUAUCGGCACAAAAAGGCAUCGCAAGAAAGAGAUUUUGGCGCUCCUGUGGAGUGGGAUUAUGUAUUGCUGAAGAGAAUUCUUGCAUCAAUAUCGGAUUUUUCUCCAGCAAAGCGACUGUAUCUAAUCAUUGAUGCAAUGGACGAGUCUAGCCAUGACGAUAGGCGUGAGAUCUUGGAACUAAUGUUCCUUCUAUGCUCAAAGUCGGACAAUUGCGUGAUAAAGAUAUUUCUUGCUAGCCGGCCGAUGGGAAUACUUCAAAACCCUCGCACCCGCAAACUUUUCGAGAGCAAAUUUCUCAGCAUAAUAUUGCAAGACCAGUCAAAAGCUGAUAUUGCUAGCUUCGCUACUUCUUUCUUAAAGGACCUUGAAUUCUCCAAUUUUCUCAAACAAGCAACCGAAUACAUUGUCGAUCACGCUCAGGGGGUAUUUUUAUGGGUGCAGCUGGUAAAGAUUGAACUACUUGCUUAUGACGAGGCUGGACGUUGUCGUGAGAAAGAUAUCUUCGACUUCCUCAAAAGCCUCCCAAUAGAACUAGACAAAUUCUACCGAAGAAUGCUCAAUAAGAUGUCGCGGAACACGGCAGAUAUCAAGGAUGGGAUAAGGAUGUUCCAGCUCGUUCUCUUCGCACGCCGCCCUCUUGCAGCCACCGAACUUCUCCAUGCUCUUGCUAUUCCAGGUGAGAGUGGUUCAGAACUCAAGUUGUCCAAUGAUUCUUUUCGAAAUAAUAUUCCAUCUGAGCGACUUAUCACUCAUUGCGGCGGCAACUUCUUGGAGAUCAGACAGUACUCUGGCAAUAACGCCUAUGAAGACCCUACCACUUCAAAGGCCAGCACAGCCGUAGGACGCGGUAGUGUUCAAAUCAUGCACCAGACAGUUCGCGAGUUUUUCCUCCGCCCAGGUGGUGCUGUUGCAGGCACCGAAUUCGAAAUGAACGAGAAAGCUGCGCACAUUUGCAUAUCUAUAAUAUGCAUCCGAUAUCUCAUACUCUGUGCAACAGAUAUGGCUGAGAGGCUCCCGGAGGCCAAAUCUUGGACUCAACAGCACUUCAGAGAUUGUAUCCAAUAUCUCGAAGAAAUGCCAUUUCUUACCUAUGCUCUUUGCUACCUUAGUCACCACAUAUAUGGCUGCCAGAAGGACGCAUAUAUUCUGGACAUCACUUCUCAAUUUGUCGGCGAAGUAAUGAACAGUCCGGCUGCUUAUUUACUGGAGAACUGGCUUACCUUGCAUCUAAAUAAUACGAUAAGCAGCACAUCUUUCAAGAACAAAUUGAAUGGCGCAGAAACAGACCUUCCAAACAGAACGUUGUAUGCUGCAGUAAGAGAAGGAUAUCUAACAGCAACUGAAGUGUCUUUGAUCGUUGGAGUUGAUGCCAACGUAAAGGAUAAGGAAGCAAGGACUCCAUUACACCACGCGGCAGAGACCGGCCAUAAAACUGUGGUGAAGCUGCUGCUUGACAAAGGCGCCAACAUAGAGUGUAAAGAUAAGAACGGUCGGACGCCGCUACACCAAGCAGUAGAGAGUGGGCAUGAAUCAGUGGUGAGGCUGCUGCUUGACGAAGGCGCCGACUUGAAAUCAGAAAACAAUACCGGCCAAAUACCUCUGAUAUGGGCUGCGGUGAAUGGGCAAGAGACAAUGGUGAAAUUGCUGCUUAAGAGCGGCUCUAAUCUGGAGUCUAAGGAUCAUUUAGGUCGAACAUCACUAUCAUGGGCCGCAACGAAAGGGCAUAAGACGGUGGUGAAGCGGCUGCUUGAAAGCGGCGCCAACCUGAAGUCUAAGGAUUAUUUAGGUCGAACAUCACUAUCAUGGGCCGCAACGAAUGGGCAUAAGACGGUGGUGAAGCUGCUGCUGAAAAGCGGUGCCAAUAUAAAAUCUACAGAUAAAACACGCCGUACACCACUGUCAUGGGCUGCAGUGAAUGGGCAUAGAGCAGUGGUGAAGCUGCUGCUCGAUAAUGGCGCCAACCUAAAGUCUGAGGAUGACUUAGGUCAGACACCAUUAUUGCUCGCCGCCGCGAAUGGGCACCAGACAGUGGUGACACUGUUGGUUAACACUGCCGCUGACCUAAGGCCCAUGGACUAUUUGAGCCAGACACCAUCAUGGAUACGUCGUUAG